AGACACCACCCUUUAACGGAAUAAUUUGGGAUAUUCAGUACAAACCUAAACCAUGGUGCGCAUAUCAAUGGAGGACCGAUUUCUUAUUCUGAUAUAAUAACGGAAUUUCAUUUGUUUUUUAUGAACCUGGGGAGAUCUACCAAACAGCUGAAGCACAGCAAGAGACAGCUUUAUUGCUAAAGCACUUCUUACAUCUUGAAGAUGGAGGACCUGGUGCAGGUUAUGUGGCUAUUUGUUUUUAUCCGUCCCUUUGUUUUUGGACAGAUACGUUAUACCGUGCCAGAAGAGAAGGACCCGGGUAGGUACUUAGGCAAUAUUGCUACCGAUAUGUCGUUAGAUAACAACAUAUUACUUACCCGGCAGAUGCGAAUAUUGUCUUCACCCAAAGGCCAGCAUUUCGAUCUAAACCCAGUGACCGGGAGGUUGCGCAUAAAAGACCGUCUGGAUCGGGAACAGCUUUGUGGAACAUCCCCUGUGUGUCUUAUGAAUUUUGAGGUAAUGUUAGAAAACCCAGCAGAACUUCAUCAUGUCGAAGUUAAUAUUUUAGACAUUAAUGAUAAUAUACCCAAAUUCGCAAAAAACGAAACCGUGCUGAGUAUUUCUGAGACUGUAGCUCCAGGGGCUCUAUUUCCAGUUGCGCAGGCUUAUGAUCCAGAUAUUGGAACGAAUUCUAUUACCGUUUAUCAGCUUAGCCCAAAUAAACAUUUUAUUCUAAAAAACCCUAAUCCCGGGAACAGAAACGACUUCCCAGAACUUGUGUUGGAAAAGGCACUGGACAGGGAAAAGGAGAAAACCCAUAUGCUUUUGCUGACCGUUUAUGAUGGGGGGUACCAUCAGCAUUCUGCAGUAAGUAAGAUCACGGUUAACGUAUUAGAUGCAAAUGACAACCCUCCGGUAUUCAGCCAGCGCCAGUAUGUUGUAUCCCUGCCAGAAAACUCUCCCAAAGGUAGUUUGGUAAUUAAAGUAAAUGCUACAGAUUUAGACGAAGGUACAAACGCUGAAAUAGCUUAUACCUUCAGUGCCAAUACUGCCCCAAAGGUACAAGAGCUUUUUGACUUAGACUCGUCAACUGGUGCAAUCACUUUGAAUGGUCCAGUGGAUUUCGAGGAAAUCCAGUUGUUCGAACUGUAUAUACAAGCUACGGACAAAGGACCAUAUGCUGAGCCUGCACAAUGCAAAAUAGUGGCAGAGAUCACUGAUAUGAAUGACAACAGCCCCGAAAUCACUGUAACUUCCAUAUCAAAGUCAGUCCUUGAGGAUGCUCCAAUAGGCACAGCAGUUGCGUUUUUCAGUGUAGAAGAUAAAGACUCUGGCCUUAAUGGCCAAGUUAGCUGCAGGAUUUCAGAUAAUCUCCCUUUCCAGCUCAAACCUUCUUUAAAUAAUUACUACACUAUAGUAACUGCCAUGCGUUUAGAUAGGGAGCUUAUAUCAGAAUAUAACGUGUCUAUAUGGGCCAGUGAUAAAGGUCUCCCAGUCAAGUCAUCUUAUAAAACAAUUCGAGUACAAAUUGGUGAUGUCAAUGACAAUCAACCCAGCUUUUCUGAAACUUCAUAUGAAUUACACGUUAUAGAAAACAAUUUCCCGGGAUCAGCAGUGGGUGUGGUAACUGCUAAGGAUCCCGAUUUGGGACAGAAUGCUAAGAUUUCUUACUUAUUUUUAGGAAAACAAAUUAAGGGUGAACAGUUGUCCACUUAUUUCUCUGUGGGGGCCGAAGAUGGUAUUAUAUAUGCCAUGAUUCCUUUGGAUUAUGAGAAAGUGAGAGAAUAUCAGUUUCAAAUACAAGCCCGGGAUGCUGGUGUCCCACAGCUAAGUAGCAUGGUUACUGUAUAUGUGUAUGUAAUAGAUGCUAAUGAUAAUGUCCCAGAAAUACUGCAUCCAUUGCCUGGGAAAACUUCAAAAGGACCAGAGAAAAUACCCAGAUCUGUGAAUGCAGGGCAUUUAGUAGCAAAAGUGUCGGCAGUUGAUGCCGAUGUUGGUUAUAAUGCCUGGCUUUCUUAUCAACUUCUUACAUCUAAUGUGCUCGAACUGUUCACUAUAUCUAAGUACACCGGGGAAAUACGUACUAGAAGGCAGUUUCAAACUAAUGAUUCCUCAACUCACACUCUUGUUGUCCUAGUUAAAGAUGAGGGACAACCGGCCUUGUCAGCCACAACUGUUCUACACCUGACCCUGACAGACAAUGCCCCAGAAGUUCUUUCAAAUGUCAACAGGCACUUCAGCAGUCACGAAGGCAUUUCUGACAUGAACAUGUAUUUAAUCAUCUGCUUAUUGUCAAUUACUUUUUUGUUCUUUGUAAUUAUCUCGGUAACAGUUGCCAUACGAUGCUACAACUCUGCAAACCUGGACCUCGGGAUUAAUAUUUGUUGCAGAUGGAAGAAGAGCACAACUGGCAUUCGUCAGGGAACUAACAACUUUCUCCCAGGUCCUGGUCAUCAAGGUGUUCAGAGUUAUGUUGAAGUGCAGGGAAGUAGCUCUGUUUAUAAAGUGGAUACCCUCAGGAUGUCUAUACCUCGGGAACUGAAAAAUGAUUUUAUUAUCAUUGACUUCCCAAAUGCAAAUAAUUCAAAUCCUUCUAAUCAGCAGUUCCAGAGAAUGUGUCUUCUCUGUGAUGACAACACUGGUGCAUUUUCAACUCCGGAGGUAAGAGCGGACAGUUAUUUUCUUAGUUGUCUAGGUAUGCAACUAUAUCUUUAGACAGAUGUAUAGAGA